AUGUUCAGGACCCGUAGCAUCCCUGAGCGGGAUGCUUGUCCUCGGAUCCCGACGUCACCUUCUCCAGGCGCGACCAUCGGCAGGCGCGACCCCGUCCCAGCCCCCUAUGUUGCGGCCCCUUACUAUCCGGCCCCUUACACGGGUUGGAUCCCGAGCUGGAGCGACAGUGUCCAGAAGGCCAAAGCCUUGGUUGACACUAUGACUUUGGCUGAGAAGGCCAACAUUACAGCUGGCACCGGCAUCUUUAUGGCAUUCCCUGCCGGCAUCACUACUGGUGGCACUUGGGACAAGGACCUGAUAUACCAGCGUGGCGUGGCCAUUGGAGAGGAGUUCCGUGGAAAAGGCGCCAACAUCUAUCUUGGUCCUACCGUUGGUCCUCUCGGCCGCAAGCCCCGCGACGGGCGCAGCUGGGAGGGCUUCGGGGCCGAUCCUGUGUUGGAAGCCAUUGGUGCCAAGUAUACGGUUCAAGGUGUUCAAGAACAGGGUGUCAUGGCGACCAUCAAGCAUCUUGUCGGAAACGAGCAAGAAAUGUGGCGCAUGUAUAACCCUUUCCAGCCUGCCUACAGUGCCAACAUCGAUGACCGGACUAUGCACGAGCUCUACCUCUGGCCGUUUGCUGAAGCUAUCAGGGCAGGCGCGGCGUCAGUGAUGGGUGCUUACAACGCCGUGAAUGGCUCCGCGAGCACUCAGAACAGCUACUUGAACAACAACCUGCUCAAGGACGAACUAGGAUUCCAAGGAUUCCUGAUGUCCGACUGGUUGGCGCAGAUAUCCGGAGUGCCUGCCGCUCUCGCAGGGCUGGACAUGGCGAUGCCCGGUGACACGAUGGUCCCUCUUUUCGGCACGUCUUAUUGGAUGUACGAGAUGAGCCGAGCUGUCUUGAACGGCUCCAUGCCUGUAGACAGACUGGAUGACGCAGCUACGAGAAUUGUCGCGGCCUGGUAUCACCUGGGACAGGACGCCGACUACCCAGAGCCAAACUUCAGCUCAUACUCGACCACUGCAACCGGUCCGCUUCACCCUGGCGCACUGUUCAGUCCGUCUGGUAUCGUCAACCAGUUCGUUGACGUGCGAGCGAACCAUGCCACCGUUGCUCGGCAGGUCGCCCAGGACGCGAUCGCUCUACUGAAGAACGAUGGCGAUCUCCUCCCGCUUUCCAAGAGCGCCACCCUGUCGCUCUUCGGUACGGACCAGGCAGUCAACCCGGAUGGAGCAAACGCUUGUUCUGACCGCAGCUGUAAUAAGGGCACUUUGGGCAUGGGUUGGGGCAGCGGAACUGCCAACUACGAGACAUUCAACGACCCGCUGACUGCCAUUAAGGCCAACGCCGCGAAUGUGACUUCCUACAACACCGAUUCUUUCCCCGGGAACGUCCCAAAACAGGGCCCUGAUGAUGUCGCUGUCGUGUUCAUCACCUCAGAUGCCGGCGAGAACUCUAUUACUGUGGAGGGUAAUGCCGGUGACCGAAGCCAGGAUGGUCUGGCCGCAUGGCACAAUGGCGACAAGUUGGUACAAGACGCUGCCGCCAAGUUCAGCAAUGUUGUAGUCGUCGUUCACACUGUUGGUCCAAUUGUCAUGGAGCCAUGGAUCGAGUUAGCCUCUGUCAAGGCGGUCCUCGUCGCGCACUUGCCUGGCCAGGAGGCCGGAGAGUCGUUGACCAACGUCUUGUUCGGAGAUGUCUCUCCCAGUGGUCAUCUGCCAUACACCAUUCCCAAGGCGGAGAAUGACUACCCAGCGAGCCUGAGCCUGACAGGAUUCGCAGCCGGACAGAUCCAGGAUACCUACAGCGAGGGACUCUUCAUCGACUACAAGUAUCUGAAUUCCGCAGGCACAAAGCCACGCUACGCCUUCGGCCAUGGGCUGUCGUACGCAAACUUCACGUACACAAACGCAACCAUCACCAAAGUGACCCAGCUCACCAGCACCCCACCUGCUCGGCCCGCCAAGUCUGGACUGCCUAACUUCAACACGACAAUUCCGGUCGCAUCCGAAGCAUACGAGCCCUCAGGCUUCUCAAAGGUCUGGCGAUACCUCUACCCCUGGCUGUCCGAAUCCGACGCGAACUCCGCGGCCGCCACCGGGGCUGCGGUGGAGAGCGGAGAGAAGGACGGCUACCCCUAUCCGGAUGGGUACUCGAGCACGCAGAAGCCGGGCCCGCCCUCGGGCGGCGGCCUGGGCGGAAACGACGCCCUCUGGGACACGGCGUACACCAUCAGCGUGACGGUGAGCAACACGGGCGCCCGCAACUUCUCCGGCAGGGCCGUCGCGCAGCUGUACGUGCAGUUCCCCGACAACAGCGGCUACGACUCGCCCACCGUCCAGCUCAGGGACUUUGAGAAGACUGCUGCGAUCGCGCCGGGGGCCAGCGAGGUGGUCGAGCUGACGCUCACGCGCAAGGACGUGAGCGUCUGGGACGUCGUACAGCAGAACUGGGUCGUCCCUGUCGUCGACGGGGCGUACAAGUUCUGGGUCGGCGAGUCGAGCGAUGCAUUGUAUCUAGCUUGUGAUGCCAGCACGCUACAGUGUGAGGAUGGAUUGACGGCUCCAGUCUGA